CAACCCUAUUAAGACGCCGGAGAGGGUAUAAAGAAAAAACGCGAGCCGCUUAACACUUGGAACGAAAAAACGCACAGGCAGCGGAAAAAUUGAAAAAAACAUAUAACAGGUGCUGACGAAACGUGUCUGGCUUCUGAGUCUGCGUCGGUCGUACAACAAAACUAAAAAGAAAAAAAAAAAGAAAACAACGAGAACAAAAUGUCGGACAUCUCCAGCACUCAGCUAAGGACGGAGAUUCAGUCCGUACUGAAGGAUGCCGACCUAUCGACCAUUUCGGCGAAACGGGUGCGUGAGCAGGUGGAAAGCAAAUUGAAUUGCUCGCUGCUGAGCCGCAAGAAGGAAUUCGACAAGAUUGUGAUGGAGGUUAUCAACGAACAGCAAGAGGAGGACGAUGAUGAUGACGAUGACGAUGGCAAGGAUCCGGAUGCCGAGCCGGCAGACGAUAGCGAGCCCAGCGAAGAGGAUGAGGUGGCCAGCAGCAGCGAGGAGGAGAAAAAGAAGAAGCCGGCACCCAAGAAAAGGCCACAGCCCACCAAGCACAAGGUAUCCGCCAAGAAGAAGCGCAAGAGUCUCAAUGCCGAUGACUCGGGCACCGAAAGCGAUGCCGGCUCCGAUUCCGACUACGAGGUAGUCAAGAAGCCAGCACCCAAAAAGAAGGCUGCCAAAAGCGCUGGCUCCGGCACCGGCCGCAAGAGCACCGGCUUCACACGCGCCUACAAUCUGUCGCCGGAGCUGUCGGCCUUGAUGGGCGCCGACUCUUUGCCGCGCCACGAGGUGGUCAAGAAGGUGUGGGCCAUUAUCAAGGAGCGCGACCUGUACGAUCCGAAGAACAAGCAGUUUGCCAUAUGCGACGAUGAGCUAAUGAAGGUCAUGAAAGUAAAACGCUUCCGCACCUUCGGCAUGUUGAAGCACUUGAAGCCGCAUUUCCUUGACUAAGCUGUCGCUGCUGCUGCCGCUGCCACUCAGAUCCAAUCAGUCCCAUCCAGAUGCAAUUGGUCCACAUGCGCCAACAACUAACACUAACCCUCCCACACACACACACACUCACACGCACAUUCACCUGCAGACAUACACCUAAACACACAUAGAAAUCAUUUAGUUUAGUCGUUUUUGAUUCCUUUUUGACUGCAAAUUUCGGCUCAGCGACAUUCGUUUCGAUUCCUUUGAUCACCUUCCCCCAGCUCCCCCUUGUGUUUAUUAAGAAUUAUUUGCACGCGGUGUAGACGACGUCGUCGAUGACUUAUUUCUGGGGCUCCCCCACCCCCCACCAAUGUGUUAGGAUUAAAAACCUAAUUAAGACGAAUCUACAAAUACUUUCAUGUAGUCUACGGCAUUUUAAGUAACGUAUAUAAAAACAUUAAAA